AUGAACUACCAUGGUGAUGAAUCCAGAAGCAAGAUCCUUCGGGUCAUCCAGUGGUCCUUUGAAGCGCUGAGUAUUGGAGUAUUUCCGGCCGAAGACCCGUGGCACCGGAAAUUUUCGCGACACUAUUGCCCAGACAGACUUAAAUUGGCCAAUCGGCCCCUGGCACAAGGCUUCAUCGGUGUGUUCGACGGUAUUCAAUGUGAUUGGGAGUUUGCCAAAAAACUAUUUGGGCUCCAGCGCUUCUUGUCUAAUAAAGAACCUGUGGACCUGGCAUGUUGGGAUGCAAUCUGA